GUUGGUAUUAAGUUCAGUCACCUGGCGACCUAUUUCAUCUCCAUGGUUACUACCAACACUAGGGUAUGCAACACUAUGUGGGCCAGCUAGAUCCUCACAUGGGUCAGGAGGCUUACAUUUAUUGGUGUUUUUAUCAUCAGGGCCUUUUGACUUGACCAUCCUGAGUCAGAACUAAGGAGGAGAACAAAGAUGAGGCCCAGCUUUUCCAGUGAGUCUGCCUCAGGUUUAAUUGAAAUGGCAUUGUCAACAUAAAACGUGACCACAACUCAUCUUCGAACUGGCAGUUUUCCAGUCAUUGUUAUAUUUAGGUUAAUGCCAAUGCUCAGGGGCUAAAUUCAAUGAGACCGCUGUGAUUUUUCUUAAGAUACUACUGCUGCUACAUGUUGUAUCAGAGCUGCAGGAGUUCUGAGGUACAAUCGAGAGUCGGAAAACACCAGGAUAAACAAAACAACCAUUCUUCCAGAGCCCCCACCAUUAACAGAGUGUGUCGUGAAAUGUGAGUAUUGUGGUGGAGAAGCCAGACCUUCACUUGAUGCAUGGCUACAGAAGCCUGAGACAGCUCCAGACUUCUGCUGUGCCCAGUGGCAGCAGCUGAGUGAGGUGCUGCAGGAGCAGAGAUGUUUGUUUGAGGGGAGACGGAGAUGCGAUGUGAAAAGCUGGCACUCCAGCGUCACUGCAGGGCGAGGUAGAGGAGCUGCUCUUCCAAGGCAGAGAAAUGCAGGAUCAUAACAAGUUAUUUGAGGACAUAUUAAGGGGACUUGGAACACAAUCUGAAGUGACAGCCCAUGAGGAUCAUUCAGUUCAAUUACCUGCAACAGAAACUUUUGACCCAACAUCAAAGUUCCUCACCUUCAGACUCUCAUGUGCUCCGGAAAAAGGACGCUGGACAGUGUAUCCUAGUCGAACAACUGAGAAGUGCUUCACUGACAAAGGAGAAGAAGCUCAGAUGUUUGUCCAUGUUUGUGGCCACAAGCCACUUCAGUUUGGCAUAUGUCACCAUCAGCAUGGGGCAGAAUUUCUACACAAAUACUACUCCAGUGGCAUGAAAUGUUUGACAGUGUUUGCUGACGGGUCUGCUCAGGUCUUUUAUCCCUCAGGACACUUGGCUCUCAUUAUUGUGGUCACAGAAGAAAACGGAAGGCUCUGCAUGGUGUAUGAAGACAGCGAUGCCCCCAAGCAAACAAUCAGGGCUGUGUUCCAGUCUGAUGGCAGGGCAACAUGUUAUCACAGCAAUGGAAACAUAUGGCUGUCCUUAAACAGAUUAGGUGGUCAGUGUUUGGAUGAGGCAGGUGCCAGAGUUCGUAGGUGGAGCUGGAACAGUCUCACUCACACACCGCUGCGCCCCGUCUUCCUGUCCCUUAACAAAAGUGUGGGGGUCCGAGUCUUUGGGAUGAAACAAGUGUUUGUCUCCUUCCUGGCACAAGGUCAGCAAGCAAAAGUCAGUGUAGGCGCCUGCUGUGUCCAGGGUGAAUCUGAAGCAGAUGGACGUACCUCAAUAACAAAGGAGGAGCUGUUGGUGUCGGCAGCCAGGAUUAGGAUCCACAUGGCCAUUCAGUGUCUUCACCAGAGCCUGCAGACACCCUCCCACCCUGGGCUGGCCAGGACCACACUGGCCCCUCACCUCCAUGAUGUUGCACAAAGGCUUCAGAACAUCAGUGCCCAUGUGAUGAUGAGUGACAGUGAGAGAGCCUCUUUCCACAAGUACCUUGAGGGAUGUUUUUGAUGCCAUGCGAUGAAAGCCCAGAAACUCGAGAAAACAAUUUGGAAAACUUCAGGAACUUUUUUGAUUCCCAGAUUGUUAUUUUAAAAAAUGAUAAUACAGUGGGACACAGUGCUACUUAAAUGGUACGGACUAUAAAAAUGUAAAUAAAAGCAGCAAUGUAACAGAA